ACAACAAUGGCGGACGCUGAUAGCGGUAGAGGCGUCUCCGCCGAAGAAACUCUACAUUUCCACGCCGACUGGCACUCCAAAAACGUCCUAGGCCACCUCAACAAGCUACGGGGACAGCGGGAAUUCUGCGACGUGGAAUUCAGCGUGGGCAGCUGUGUGUUCGCCGUGCACCGCGCGGUGGUGGCGGCGUGUUCCCCGUACUUCGCGGCGAUGCUGGGCGGGGGGAUGAGCGAGGCGGGCCGAGGACAGGUGCAGCUGCACGCGGUGGAACCAGACGUGUUCAACAUGCUGCUGGACUUCAUGUACACAGGUUCCAUAGGCGUGAGUGUGGGCAAUGUUCAGGACCUGCUGGCAGCGGCCGACAUGUUUCAGCUGCCCGAUGUCAUCACUGCCUGCACCAGCUUUCUCCAAUCACAGCUCCAUCCGUCCAAUGCCCUGGGGAUCUACAUGUAUGCGGAGGCUCACGCCUGUCAGGACCUGUGCUCGGCCAGCCUGACAUACAUCCAGUCCCACUUCACACAGGUCAGCAGGGAGGACGAGUUCUUCAACGUCUCCAAGGAACUUCUGGCAGAGCUGCUGUCCAGCGAGGAUCUGCAUGUGGAAAACGAGUAUCAGGUCUUCACCAGUGCCAUGUCAUGGAUAAUGUACGACGUCACGAAGAGACGACGGUUUGUCUACGAGAUCCUGUCUCCCGUACGGUUCCCUCUCAUUUCUCCCCAGUGUCUCUCCAAAUACCUGAAACACGUCCUGACAGACCUAAGUCUCCAGAUUGUGUUACAGAAGUUGUUUGAGGACUACAAUAUCAUCUGUAAGCCGGGCAGGCCCGCGCAGAGACCUGUGAAAAAUUUUGGCUUCACCAAACCGCGUCGGAACGCUCGCAAGUUUCUCUACGUGGCGGGCGGUUACACGAGACUUCCAGGUGAACGUUGGAGCGACAGUCAUACAAUCAACAUGGCCGAGUGUUACGAUUCCUUCAGCCAGCGCUGGAGUUUUCUCCCACCUCUAAACUACUGCCGUAGCGGACAUGGGAUCGCCGUGCUACACGGGAAAGUUUACGCGGUCGGCGGGGAAAGCGAUUCGCUGAUCUACGAUAACGUGGAAUGUUUUGACCCGGCGGUGAAUCGCUGGACGAUUCUGCCGUCCGUGAUGACCGUACCAAGGUGCGGACUCGGUGUGUGCGUUCUGCAGGACGCCAUCUACGCCAUCGGCGGCUGGGUCGGGUCAGAGAUCGGGAACACCAUCGAGAGAUAUGACCCCGAGGUCAAGAGGUGGGAGGUCGUAGGGCGGGUGGAGACCCUGAGGUUCUGUAUGGGGGUUACAGAAAUGGAUGGUUUCCUGUACGUUGUAGGAGGUAUGAGUGACCUGGGAUCAGAGCUGAGAACUGCAGAGUUCUACGACCCCGUGACCCAGGACUGGACCCGUCUGCCUGACAUGAAGGAGAGGCGGGCGUACGUGGGGGUGGGGACGCUGGGGGGGUGUCUGUACGCCGUGGGGGGGUGGAACGAUCAGAAGGAGGCUCUCAGGACUGUGGAGAGGUACUCACCCAUCGAGGACAAGUGGCGUGAGGUGGCCCCCCUGUCCACAGCUCGAGCUGGAGCCUCUGUAGCCGCCAUCAACAAUAUGCUGUACGUACUGGGGGGACGGACAUCCACCAGGGGUUAUGCUGCACCUGUCACGCUGAACACUGUGGAGUGCUACGACCCGGAAACAGACACCUGGCUACAGCUGGGUACCAUGGCAACCAGCAGGUGUGAGGCAGCUGCAGCUGUCACCUGAGCACACCUCAUCACCAUGACAACCUGAUCACCAUGGCAACCUGGUCACCACGGCAACCCGAUCACCACGGCAACCCGAUCACCAUGGCAAUCGUAUCACCAUGGCAACCUGAUUACCAUGGUAACCUCAUCACCAUGGCAACCUGAUCACCAUGACAACCGAGAACUGACACCUGCAAUAUUUAUGUUUGCCUUUGCAGAAUGAAAACAUAUUGUUUUUGCUCUGUUUCUUCUUCUUCUUCUCCAAACACAUAAGGUCAAUGACCUGGACCAGAUGUCUGUCACCAUGGUAAAUGGUGCUUCUGAGACACCCUGUAUUGGAUUACAUCAUGUAGCAAAUGUUACCUUUUCGUCCCUAUUCUAUAUGUGCAAUGAAAAGACUGUCUAAAGCCACUGAGUUUGAAAAUAAUGUGAGCUUUAAAUGUGGUAUCAACUGGUCUGUACAAUGUAUGUCUCAUCAGUAACAAAGAUGAUAUAAUUAUGCAAUAUGAAAGUUAAUAUAAUUAUGAAAUAAUCUGGAGUAAGAGAUACUCUGGUUUAUUUAGAAUUUUCUUAUACAUGUAUAAUUGUACAUGGCCCAGCUUUCCAUGACCACUUCAACAUGCCUGCUAAAAGUGCAAUAAACUAUUUUUGUAAAAUA